AUGGAUGAUGUGAUAAUUGCUGAAGUUUACAAAAUGGUGGAGCUAAACAAACAAAAAGUAUACUAUGUUCCAUAUGCCAAAAAUUUUGCAGCUAUUGAUUCAAUUCAAUUAUUCAAUAAUGGUCCUGACCAUUUGUACCAGUCCACUGUAUCUAAUCAUCACAAUGUGAAGAACUCUGUUGGCUCUGUCAUUCGCCUCAACAAACAAAUAGAUUUCUAUUUUGUUGUACCAAAGGAUGUCUUUCCACGUUUCAAGUAUAAUCAGAAAUUUCUUAAUGGAGAAGGUAAACCAUAUCGCAACCAACCUGAGUGGAUGCGCAACAUUACACAAUUUGCCCUAGAGAUAGAUUGGGAUGCAUAUAUUGCUUUGGGUGAAAAUGAUGAAUAG